AUGCUGUUCCCCCUGCCUCUGCGGGUAGCCUGCAGUCUGCUUGCCUGGCUCUCUCUCUACACUUGGUUCUGCCAUCGCUACAAGCACCGGAAUUAUGAAUGGAGCUGCAGGCUGGUCACGCUGACCCAUGGCAUCCUUGCUACCUGUCUGUCUGCUUACAUUGGCUUUAUUGAUGGUCCCUGGCCUUUGAGUCACCCAGGAUCACCAAACACAACUCUUCAGGUACAUGUGCUGUGCCUUAGCUUGGGCUACUUCCUUUUCGACCUUUGUUGGUGUGUGUACUUCCAGACAGAGGGUGCCCUGAUGCUGGCCCACCAUCUGGUGAGCAUCUUGGGCAUCACAGCGUCAUUGGCACUCGGGGAGUCAGCUGCGGAGGUCAAUGCCGUCAUCUUUGGUAGUGAGAUCACUAACCCGCUGCUGCAGGCCCGCUGGUUCCUGAAGGAGAUGGGAUGUUACCACGGUUUGACAGGCGAUGUGGUGGAUUUCUUCUUCGUGGUCCUCUUCACUGGGGUGCGGAUUGGAGUGGGGGCCUGGCUGAUGUACUGUGAGCUCGCUUCUCCCAAACCCAGGUGGUACAUUAAGCUGGGUGGUGUCAUCAUGUACGCUGUCUCCUGGGUUUUCAUGGUCAGCAUCUGUCGCUUUGCUAGGAGGAAGAGCAUGAAGAAGUACCAUGCUUGGAGGAGUCGGAGGAGUGAUGAGUUAUACUUGAAAACUAAUGGACAUCUGAAAAACCACUGACUGGAUGCUGAGUAAAGACUUCCUCGAGUUCACAAUCUGGCAAGAAGGGGAUCGUGCCUGAAAUGCCACUGUCGGGAGAGGAGCCAACACACGUUAGCAGUUCUGGAGACAAAUUUAUCCCUGGCAUAACUCCACUGUAAUCCAUGGAGCUAUGCCAUGGAUUCAUUGGACCUGCAGUGUUUGGCCUGGCAGAGGCUGGCUCAGUGUGUACGUAAGCAUACGCUAAAUGAUACGAGUGAAAGAAGGGCUAAUUUUACAGACUAAACAUAACUAGUCCAGCAGUGCAGGUGUAAAUAGUAAGGUUAGUAGCUAACUCCUUCAGCAGUGGUAGAAUCUUGGAACAGAGGAGAAAAUAACACUAGAUCUUCGUGUUCAGUGUCCUGUACAGUCUAGACAGCUAGAGUGACUCUUCAUACUGUUAGGAAGAAGCAUGUUCUAGUGUUUCAUCAGAGUUGGGUUUCCUGGCUCUUCCACCAACUCGUUAUGUGACCUUGGGCAAGUCACGUAACUCUAAUUCUGUGCCUAAUUUCCCCAUCUGUGAGUUGGGGGUGAUGGAGCUGAUCCAUCUGUGUUAUGCACUUUCAGAUCUUUACUUGAGAGGUGCUAUAUAAAUGCAAAAUGAUGGUUGUUAUCUGCACUUUGUUCGUUAUCCCUGUGUUUCCUUUGGGAGAAAUGAUUUUGGUGGUUGAGCUAGAGUGUGACUCUACAAAGAACAGUAUUUUAGGUAGGUCGUUGUUUCCUACCCUUUCUAAUUCCUUUUAAUAACUUAUUUAAUAACAUAUUGAUAACUUAUUUUUCAGUAGUGUCCAGAGCUCUAAUCAGCACUGGCGCCUUGCAGGACUAGGUGCUCUGUGAAUGCACCCCAAAACACAGCCCCCGAUGUGAAAUGCUUUUCUGACUUUUUCCCUCUUCUUCAUCCCUGACUGUUGAAACCCCGCCCACCCCCUCCAAAUACUGCUUUUAGCUCCUUGAGUGACCAACACUCCAUUAUGAGAAGCCCCAUCAGGACUUGCCAGUAAGUGGUUUUCUGGCUGAUGGACCAAGCCCUGAUUUGUCUGCAGAAUGCCAAAAAUCCCUCUGCUGUGCUUAUUGGCCCAAAUGCAGGCAUAGUGUGGAGCCAGCCUGAGACCAAACGGCAUACCUUGAGAUUGUCAGACAAAUACCUUCCCCAAGCUGCAAGUAACUUUUAAAAAUAAGAACAGUAAAUGCAGAGUGUUUUACUGCAGUAAUCUGCAAACUAUCUGUACUUGCUGGUUUUGGCAAUCUAAGGUGAACAGGGGCCAGAACCUGAUUUGUAGUGAAGGCUGUGUCUUUCUGUUGCCCUUGAAAGUGUCAUCCCAGAUUCAGAUCAGUGUAUCUGAACCCAGAGUCUGCCACAGUGUUUGGGGAUAGUGGUGUACUGUAGGUGAAUGUCUGGGAGCUCUAUGGAAAUAUGAUUGAAAAACACUUGAAACUAGCAUUGAUGUUUUUCCCCAGGACCAUAGAUAGCAGUUUUGACAAGAGUGUUUCCUCAGAUCCAAAUUGGGAUUUCUGGUUGUAGAGUGGCCAACAUGCAUCUUCAAAACACAGUGGCUGAGGUGGAAGAGCUACCCUGCUUCACAUCUGUCCUCUGCCCUGUUCAAGCCAGAGACCUAACCUUGGCUCUCCUUCAUCUGAAUUGAUGCCUUGACCCCUGGGCUUUGAAUUCACUUCUGUCUCCCUGAUUGGAUCUGGGUCACUUUAUAAAAGUAAGCAUUUAUAGGGUAAGAGAGACUUAUUUUACAGCCUAAUAAUUAAAGAAGCGAGAAGCACAGAAUCUGGCCUUUUUUAAGCAAAAAAAGUGAAACUGACUGGGAGAAAAAGUAAGUGUUACUUAUCUGGUCCCAUUUGCAGGGAAAAACUGUCCCCCAGUUGGCGGCUUCUGGUGUUUAUUUCACUGUAUGUUCUUAAGUGCUGUUCCUUUGUUAUUGCUGUCAUUAUUAUGAUCAUUUAUUUUGAGUGUCAGCACCAGGCCUCCAGUGCAGCUCAGGUGCCAGUUCUGCUGUGAGCCUUGCCUGUUGCAGCCAAAGACCUGAAGAGCCGAAAGCACUUCAGAUUAGCAGAGCCAACUGAUGGGUAAGCUGGUCCUGAAAAGGAAACUUGACUCAUUUAGCACAGCACAGUGAUAUGACUAUUGAGCCUUGAAGGGAGACAAGAAGGGCUACUUGGGGCUUGCUGGUUCUUUCCCAGCUCUGCUGCUGCUGUCAGGCAUGUCAAGGAGCCUUUUUGCCUCAGCUUACCCACUUUAUUAAGUGGGUACAGUAUUACCUACCUCGUGGGGUGUUUUCAUUUGUUAACACUAAGCCACAUUUGAUGAAUGCUUGGUGGUCUGUGUCAAGCUGUGCUGUAUAAAGGCAAAACGCUGUUGCUUUGAGUGAAGCACUUCUCACUAUGACCCGUCAUCAGCUCUUUGUCACCUGAGCAUGGCAUUUCCCAGCAUCUGGCUUGCCUCACAAAAGCAGGAGUCCAAGGUGUUUUGCAGUGGUGCUUAUGGGUAGGAGUCAAAAGGAGUAAGCUAGACACGCGCGUAAAGAUCAGCUGUGCUGCGUCUUGUUCAGGUGGACUCCCAAGUUGAAGAAAUUAUGUCUGGUGCGUUUUCCCUAGUAGGGAUUGCAGUAAAUCUGUAGCCAAAAGAGUUUCAGCAGCCAGCCUGACCAGGAAAUAAGGGCUUUCAGCAGCAAGUCCUGAAGAAAUGUAGGUGAAAACAGCCUGUUCGUUUCUCAGUGCAGCUGUUGACUUGCCCACCAAGAAGAGUUUCCUGAACAGUCCUGAUGAUUUGGACUCCGACCUCUGCUGAGGUUUGGUGUGCAGCUUAAUGCAUGGUUACAGGCCUUCUGUGGGGGCUGUACAGCCCAUACCUGCCCAAGUGAAUAAGGAUGUCGGUUAGUGACUGCAGGUAUUUAUGAAACACCUUAUAUGAAGAUGUUUUGAAAGAUAAUGCACUUAAUGGCUGAGUGGUCCCCUUCUUUGAACUGGGGGGAAACUUGGUGGGAAGAAGUAGAGCACUGUGAUCAAUGUUGAGGCUUUUGAAGUUAAACAAGGGCACCAGAAGACAAAAGAGCAAUUAGGAAUGGCUUUGUGAGGUAGAGCUAGCAACAAUGUCUCAGAGCAAGGGCUCGUAGUCUGUCUAGUGGGCUCCAGCACAGAAUCACAGACCCAGAAGAAGUGUAACUUUCAAGCUGUGGAGCACAUGGUGGGACCUGUCCUCAGGCUAGUCCAUAGUGGCUAGAGCAAAUUGUAAAAGGAAACUGCGGAACUAGUGUGAAAUAAUAACUUGUGUUUGAAUUACUGUGUAAUAGCAACUAAUGUUCCACCAGUGAAUGGUGUAGAUGCUUUGUAUUAUGUUUUAUAAAAUAAAGAUUAUUUAAUUAUAUGAGGAA